AUGGCACAUUUUGAAGCUUUAUACGGUCGUCGUUGUCGUAAUCCAGUAUGUUGGGACGAUUUCAGUGAAUCUGUCACUCUAGGAUCGGCUAUGUUAGAGGAGAUGACUGAUCAAGUAAAUAUGAUUCGAGAAAGACUUAAAGCGGCCCAGGAUCGACAAAAGUCCUACGCAGAUCUUAAGAGGAGACCUGAUGAGUUCGCCGUAGGGGAUUAUGUGUUAUUGAGAGUUUCACCGAUGAAGGGAGUCAUGAGGUUUGGCAAGAGGGGGAAGUUGAGCCCAAAGUUUACAGGACCUUAUGAGGUCACGGAGAAGGUAGGAAAGGUUGCUUACAGACUAGAAUUACCCAAUGAGUUGGGUAAGGUCCAUGAUGUGUUUCACAUUUCGCAGUUGAAGAGAUAUGUUCCCGAUAAAUCUCAUGUGCUAGAUCCUGAGCCCUUAGACCUCGAUGAGAAUUUAUCUUAUGAAGAGAAGCCUAUCAAGAUCUUAGAUUCUAAGGUGCGUAGUACGAGGAGAAAAGAUAUAAAGAUGGUGAAAAUUCUAUGGGCUAACCAACGCACACAGGAGGCAACGUGGGAAAUUGAGGAUUCCAUUCGUGAAAAAUACCCACACCUUUUUCCUGAGUUGGGAGCUUCUUCCAAUAGUUAUUGGAUUUGUACUUAUCGAGUGUAG